GCGUGCGCCCGGGAAAGUUGGCUGGGGGAAUGAGAAGUUGUGGGACCGCAGAACUCCGGCUUCACCUUCGUCCAGUGACAGCAGAGGGGCGGGUUGCUCUUGAGGAACGUUCUCCCUGGAGCCCACGACCCAGAGGGACAGCUGGACCUCGGGAAUCCCUGCAGUGCGAGAGAAAAGACCAAGGGGAUAGGACGACUUGCGCCAUGGGAGCUAAGCCUGCGUUCAGGGGAUCCCCGAAGUCCUCCCGCAGACGAGGAAGGGUGUUCCACCAGGUGAGAAGAGUGAUGACCAUCCUUUUCCUUACUAUGGUUAUUUCAUACUUCGGUUGCAUGAAGGCUGCGCCCAUGAAAGAAGUAAACGUCCAUGGACAAGGCAGCUUGGCCUACCCAGGUGUGCGGACCCAUGGGACUCUGGAGAGCGUUAAUGGGCCCAGGGCAGGUUCGAGAGGUCUGACGACAUCACUGGCUGACACUUUUGAACAUGUGAUCGAAGAGCUGCUGGAUGAGGACCAGAAGGUUCGGCCCAAUGAAGAAAACCAUAAGGACGCGGACUUGUAUACUUCCCGGGUGAUGCUCAGCAGUCAAGUGCCUUUGGAGCCUCCUCUGCUCUUUCUGCUAGAGGAAUACAAAAAUUACCUGGAUGCCGCAAACAUGUCUAUGAGAGUCCGGCGCCACUCUGACCCAGCCCGCCGUGGGGAGCUGAGCGUGUGUGACAGUAUUAGCGAGUGGGUCACAGCGGCAGAUAAAAAGACUGCAGUGGACAUGUCUGGUGGGACCGUCACGGUCCUGGAGAAAGUCCCGGUAUCAAAAGGCCAACUGAAGCAAUAUUUCUACGAGACCAAAUGUAAUCCCAUGGGUUACACAAAGGAAGGCUGCAGGGGCAUAGACAAAAGGCACUGGAACUCGCAAUGCCGAACUACCCAGUCGUAUGUUCGGGCGCUUACUAUGGAUAGCAAAAAGAGAAUUGGCUGGCGAUUCAUAAGAAUAGACACUUCCUGUGUAUGUACACUGACCAUUAAGAGGGGGAGAUAGUGGAUUUAUGUUGUAUAGAUUAUAUUGAGACAAAAAUUAUCUAUUUGUAUAUAUACAUAACAGGGUAAAUUAUUCAGUUAAGAAAAAAAUAAUUUUAUGAACUGCAUGUAUAAAUGAAGUUUAUACAGUACAGUGGUUCUACAAUCUAUUUAUUGGACAUAUCCAUGACCAGAAAGGAAACAGUCAUUUGCGCACAACUUUAAAAGUUUGCAUUACAUUCCUCGAUAAUGUUGUGGUUUGUUGCCGUUGCCAAGAAUUGAAAACAAAAAGUUAAAAAAAAUAAUAAUAAUAAAUUGCAUGCUGCUUUAAUUGUGAAUUGAUAAUAAACUGUCCCUCUUUCAAAAAACAGACAAAAAAACAAAAACAAAAAUUUGAACCAAAACAUUCCGUUUACAUUUUAGGCACUAAGUAUCUUCGUUAUUGUUAGUCCUCUGUUUUACUGCUUUCGACUUCUGAUAGCGUUGGAAUUAAAACAAUGUCAAGGUGC